AUGAUUGGCAGCAGUGCGUUUCUGCGCACCGUGACGCGCUCGGCGGUCCCUCGUACCCGUGCGACCUCGCUGAUGCCGCGCGUGAAUGCGUUCCACACCUCGUCGCCAGCUGCGCGUGUGCUUGGCACGCAGCCUCUGCGGGCCAAGGCCUCGGGUGGUGUGUCGGACCUGGGCAACGGCUACCCUGUGAUUGAGCACGAGUAUGAUGCGAUCGUUGUCGGUGCUGGUGGUGCCGGUCUGCGUGCCGCUUUCGGUCUGGCGGAGGGCGGUCUGAACACGGCUUGCAUUACCAAGCUGUUCCCGACCCGUUCGCACACUGUCGCUGCGCAGGGUGGUAUCAACGCUGCGCUCGGUAACAUGACCGAGGAUGACUGGCGCUGGCACAUGUACGACACUGUGAAGGGUUCGGACUGGCUCGGUGACCAGGAUGCGAUUCACUACAUGUGCCGUGAGGCGCCCAACACUGUGCUCGAGCUGGAGCACUACGGUCUGCCGUUCUCGCGUACAAAGGAGGGCAAGAUCUACCAGCGUGCGUUCGGUGGUCAGUCGCUCAAGUUCGGUAAGGGUGGCCAGGCCUACCGCUGCGCUGCCGCUGCUGACCGUACUGGUCACGCCAUGCUUCACACUCUCUACGGCCAGUCGCUGCGUCAUAACACCACGUACUUUAUCGAGUACUUUGCGCUGGACCUUAUUAUGGAGGAUGGUGAGUGUGUUGGUGUGAUGGCGAUCAACCUGGAGGAUGGUACGCUCCACCGUUUCCGUGCGCACAAGACGGUGCUGGCCACGGGUGGUUUCGGUAAGGCCUACUUCAGUGCUACGAGUGCGCACAGCUGCACGGGUGACGGUCUGGCGAUGGUUUCGCGCGCUGGCCUGCCUCUCCAGGACCUGGAGUUCGUGCAGUUCCACCCGACCGGUAUCUACGGCGCCGGCUGCCUGAUCACGGAGGGUGCCCGUGGUGAGGGUGGUUACCUGAUCAACUCAGAGGGUGAGCGCUUCAUGGAGCGUUACGCUCCGACUGCCAAGGAUCUGGCCUCGCGUGACGUCGUCUCGCGUUCGAUGACCAUGGAGAUCCGUGAGGGUCGUGGUGUCGGUCCUGAGAAGGACCACAUCUUCCUGCAGCUCUCGCACUUGCCGCCGUCGGUGCUCCAUGAGCGUCUGCCGGGUAUUUCGGAGACGGCGAGCAUCUUUGCGGGUGUGGAUGUGACGAAGGAGCCGAUCCCUGUGCUCCCGACUGUCCACUACACCAUGGGUGGCAUUCCGACACGCUACACGGGUGAGGUCCUUACACAGGACGCGAACGGCAAGGACAAGGUGGUGCCGGGUCUGUACGCUGCUGGUGAGACGGCUUGUGUGUCGGUCCACGGUGCGAACCGUCUGGGUGCCAACUCGCUGCUCGACAUUGUCGUGUUCGGCCGUGCUUGCGCUCACCACAUUCUGGAGAACCUCGACCCGGGUAUGCCGCACAAGGAGCUCAAGGGCGACAACGGCCAGCAGGCCAUCAACGACAUGGACGCCAUCCGCAACGCCGAUGGCGAGCGUACGACGGCCGACAUUCGUCUCGACAUGCAGCGUGUCAUGCAGCGCGAUGCCGCUGUGUUCCGUACGCAGGAGACGCUGGAGGAGGGUGUGAAGAACAUUGACCGCGUCGUCUCGGAGUUCCCCAAGGUCGCGAUCAAGGACCGCGGUAUGAUCUGGAACACGGACCUUGUGGAGACGCUGGAGCUGCGUAACCUGCUCAGCAGUGCUGCGCAGACGAUGCACUCGGCGGAGGCUCGCAAGGAGUCGCGUGGUGCGCACGCCCGUGAGGACUUUACCGAGCGUGACGACGAGAACUGGAUGAAGCACACGCUCUCGUGGUUUGACGAGGAGACGGGCAAGGUGACGCUCAAGUACCGUGAGGUUAUUAGCAACACGCUGGAUGAGAACGAGUGCAAGUCGGUGCCGCCGUUCAAGCGUGUCUACUAA